AUGCAGACGAGUUUAGAGCUACCAACGAACAAAGUAAAUGGGAUGGACAUGCGUUCUUUGCGCAUGGAAAACAAGGACUUGAGAGUAAGAGGCUAUGCAGUUGAACCAGUUCCAUUCUUAAACGGUAAUUCUCCAGAUUUUGAUUUGCCAAGGAAUACUUGCAUUCAGGAUAUUGACCGUUUAUCUAAAAAUGAAUGUAUUCGGUACAUGAAUGGUUAUGGAAGAUUAAUUGGUGCACAUGAAACAAUCGCUCUAAAAAGGAAAUUUGCUAUGCUGUCGGCUUGGUGUUGGAUUUCGACGAAGAGUAUUCUUUUUCCGGAUUCUCAAGCCCUUAGGUACUAA